UUAAUAUUAUUAGAUCGAAAAGGUGAAACGAGGUGGCGGAUGGGCAGACUGGGAUGAGCGGAGUGGGCGCCGGUGGAUUCCACUUCUUCAAAUGGGCCAUCCUGAGAACAAAUUAUCCGACCUCGUGGGCUUGGUGAAGUCAUGGAUACCAUGGCGCUCCGACCCCGAAAACGUCUCCAGGGACUUCUGGAUGCCCGACAAGAGCUGCAGAGUCUGUUAUGACUGCGACUCUCAGUUCACGUUUAUCAACCGGCGGCAUCAUUGCCGUCGCUGUGGGCGAGUUUUCUGUUCCAAGUGUACUGCAAACUUCAUUCCUUCUCCUUCCACCGAUCCCACGAAUGCUCGGGAGGAUUCUGAGACGAUCAGAGUCUGUAAUUAUUGCUUCAAACAAUGGGGGAAGGAACCGUCUGCCUUGCUAGAUGGCAACAAAGCUACCUGCUCUGCUAUUAGUCUGUCAUCUUCAUCCACCAGCAUUGGUAGCACCAAGUCCGGAUACACCUGUCAAAGUGCAAUCAGUAAUAUUCCUUCAACGCCUUGCUCAAAUGAUCGUCAAUAUUAUGAUCCCUUUUGUUCUGUAUCCAUCGCUGAUGAGCAAGACAGUUUAAGAAAUGGGAAGACCAUUAAACGCUCUACUUCUCUGAUGACUUCAUCUUCUAGUUAUUAUGGCUAUUGCAGGAGUGAUGAUGAGGAUGGUGAUUAUUAUUAUGGAAUGUGUCGCUCGGAUUCCGAAUCCAGGCAUAUCUCCCAGUCUGGUCAUUAUUAUUGUUCCGCAAACACUGAAGAAGGUUUAAAUCUUGAGAGAGAGAACAUGAGCACAAAGGGUUCACCUGUGAAUUUUGACACUCAGAGUCCAAGGGGUGAUGAGGAAUCUAGUGAAGACUCUGACGAAAAUGAUAAAGGCUCUGAAUGUGAUUUUCCUACUUAUGGCAUGCAAAAUAAAGAUAAUGAAGCUAUGGAUUUUCAGAACAAUGGGAUUCUCUGGCUUCCUCCAGAGCCAGAAGAUGAGGAGGAUGAAAAAGCUCUUUUGUUUAAUGGUGAUGAUGAUGCCUGUGCCCCAGGUGAAUGGGGACAUCUACCUUCUUCCCAAGGCAGUGGGGAAUGCCCCAUGAAGAGAAAGUCCAGUGGGGACUACAGGAGAACUGCAAAAAACGUGGUAGAAGGGCACUUUAGAGCUCUCGUUAGUCAACUUUUGGAGGCUGAGAAUCUUCCUGUCGGUGAUGAACCCAAUGAAGAUGGUUGGUUAGAUAUAUUAACAUACCUGUCCUGGGAAGCAGCUGCAGUUCUGAAGCCAGAUACGAGCAAGAGUGGAGGUAUGGAUCCUGGUGGAUAUGUUAAGGUUAAAUGCGUUGCUGGUGGAAAGCGUACUGAGAGUAUCAUUGUGAAAGGCAUCAUUUGCAAGAAGAAUGUAGCACACCGGCGGAUGACAAAAGAAAUAUCUAAACCACGCUUUUUUGUCCUUGGGGGAGCUUUGGAGUAUCAACGUGUUACCAACCACUUGUCAAGUUUUGAUACUUUGUUGCAGCAGGAACUUGACCAUUUGAAGAUGGCUGUUGCUAAGAUUGAUGCUCAUCAUCCCAACGUUCUUUUGGUAGAGAAAUCAGUGUCUCGCCAUGCUCAGGAGUACCUCCUCUCAAAAAAAAUCACUCUUGUUCUAAAUGUUAAAAGAUCACUUUUAGAGCGUAUUGCUUGCUGCACUGGGGCAAAUAUAGUUCCUACUGUUGAUCAUGUUGCAUGUCUGAAACUUGGUUACUGUGAUGAAUUUCGUGUGAAGACAUUUGUUGAAGAGCAUGGUAGUGGUGAUGGCCAAGCUGGCAAGAAAUCAACGAAGACCCUGAUGUUCUUUGAGGGAUGUCCAAAGCCUCUAUGUUGUACUAUUUUGCUCAGGGGUGCCAGUGGGGAUGAGCUCAAAAAAGUUAAACAUGUUGUUCAAUAUGCAACUUUUGCUGCCUAUCACCUGGCUCUAGAAACAUGCUUUCUGGCUGAUGAAGGUGCUUCAGUUCCAGAGCUCCCAUUGAAGUCCCCAAUAAUAGUUGGUCUUCCUCAUAGUCCAUCAAAUAUAGACAGAUCCAUCUCCGCAAUACCUGGUUUUACUUGUCCAUCGCCUGUAAAGUCUCCAGAGCCAGAACCCAGUAUGGAAACUGGGCAAUCCGGAAACGAUGCUGUUCCAACUAGAGACUCGUCUAUAAUCAGUCAUAAUGUUGACAAUUUGAACUCUUUAGAGCCUUCCUUGAGGCUAGUGAAGUCCAAUGCUACCUCCACUAAUUUGUCUUUUCUGAAGCAGAACGUUUCUACCGCCGACCGUAAUUAUAUGCUUUCCUCCAAACUAGCCUCCGAGGCAAAUAGAAAUCCAGACAGUGAAGAAUAUUCAAUGGGCAUGAUGACUAUCAAGGAAGAAGCAAAGGAAGAUGCAAAGGAAGAUGAUGAUACAGUUUCUAGUUCUGGUAAAGGUGUGCCUUUGACUCGUGGUAACUCUAUUCAUAUACGCAGCAAUUCAUUGGAUGCAAAUACCCAAGGUUCCAAUGAUUCAACAUGUCAAAGAACUGAAAGCCUUAUUGCUAAUCUAGUGACCACCAAAUCUUCAAGGGAAGAUUUCCCCUUGUCUCCUUCUGACCAACAAAACAUUUUGGUGUCUUUGUCAACACGUUGUGUGUGGAAGGGAACUAUUUGUGAUCGUGCUCACCUAUUACGAAUUAAAUACUAUGGGAGCUUCGACAAGCCUUUGGGCAGGUUCUUACGAGAUAAUUUGUUUGAUCAGAAUUAUCGAUGUCAUUCAUGUGGUAUGCCAUCUGAGGCACAUGUUCAUUGUUAUACGCAUCCACAAGGCAGCCUUACAAUAUCUGCUAAGAAACUCCCUGACUUUUUCUUACCGGGGGAACCUGAAGGUAAAAUUUGGAUGUGGCAUCGGUGUCUGAAGUGUCCUCGGACUAACGGCUUCCCUCCAGCCACCAGGAGAGUUAUCAUGUCUGAUGCUGCCUGGGGUUUAUCUUUUGGUAAAUUUUUGGAGUUAAGCUUUUCAAAUAAUGCAGCUGCCAGCCGUGUUGCAGGUUGUGGCCACUUCCUUCAUAGAGAUUGUCUCCGGUUCUAUGGGUUUGGAAGAACGGUUGCUUGUUUCCACUAUGCAGCAAUUAAUGUUAAGUCUGUUCAUAUCCCACCAUCAAUAAUUGAGUUUCACCAUAAUAAUCUGGAGUGGAUUAAUAAGGAAGCAAAUGAGGUACAUAACAGGGCUGAAGUUCUUUUUGCUGAAGUAUGUAAAACUCUUCCUCUGAUUCUGAAGCAUGAAUCUGGCACAGAGCAAGAAGAUUUUGGGGUAAAUGAAUUGAAUAAUUACAUUCAAGAACUAGAGCAAAUCAUUAAUGUGGAGAAAGAAGAUUUUGAGGUGCAUUUUAAUAAAGCAUCUGGAGAGACGACAGUUGGCCAACCUACAGUUGAUAUUUUUGAGAUCAAUAAACUGCAUAUGCACGUCCUUUUUCUUUCAUAUAUUUGGGUUCAGCGCUUAAGUUAUGCAGUCACUUUGGGAAAGAAGCAUUCCCCAGAUAGUUCGAGCAAUGACAUCCCAACACUUGAGGAAAAGGGACUUGAUUCAAUGGAAGAGUUGGUGGAAUUGACUCUGGCAUUCGGACAAGAUGAUCUCUUUGGUGGUUUUGAUAACGAUUCUCUACCUUCAGAGUCAAAACAUGAUGUUGAUCUUGACAGAGGAGGUAAUUCAGGCCAAAUGAACCGAUUUUAUGAAACUGAGAGGGAAAAGAAUAUUGAUCUUGGUGGACAGGAGGAUGAUCUUUGUCUUUAUCAAGUUAAUUCUGAACCUCUAGAUGUUGGAACUGCCCUGCGAAGGACAAAUUCAGAGGGAGAAUAUUCAAGUAUGACCGAUUUAUCUGGUACCCUUGUUGCAGUUUGGAAAGGUGCAAUUCACCCCAAUAGUAUACUAUUUGAUGAUAGGUAUCCUCAGACUAACUCAUCCAUUCUGGAGCCAUUGGCUGGACCUGAUAUGGAAAAGUGUACUGCCAACGGAGUAGAGAUAACUCAUCUUCUUUAUUCCGCCUUAGUUUUAACAAGGGUUGAUUCUGUUGAAACAUGUACAAGUUUGACGUCGAUGCCUUCUUCAGCGUAUAGUUCAAAGAUUUCAUUGUUGAAUAUUCCAAAGCCUGACAUUUCUGAUUACGAUCCUGCCUUAAUUACAUCAUUUAGGGAGUUGGAAAGGCAAGGCCAUCUUCGGCUUUUUAUGCAUGUUGGCUCCAGUGAUACUGUUGUUCCUGUCUAUGAUGAGGAGCCUACUAGUAUUAUUGCAUAUUCAUUGCUUAUGCCAGAGUAUCAUGCUCAGAUGUCUGAGCCAGAGAGAGUAAUGGAAGCUUUGGAUACUGCACGUUCUUUGCCUACUAUUGGUUCUGUUAAAAUGGGCUCAAUUAAAACAUGUGAUGAAGAAGGUUCUGAUGUCUACAGAACUCUUGGAUCCAAUGAAGAGACCAUUUUAUCCAUGGCUAGAACCGAAAGUCUUCAGUUUGAGGAUCUGCUUUUGUUCACCAAGGAUUUGCAUACAAGAGUUUGUUUUAUAAAUGAAACUCCUUUGGGACCGGUGAAAUAUACCAUAACUUGCUACUUUGCUAAGCGGUUUGAGGCAUUAAGAAAGAAGUGUUGCCCUUCGGAGUUGGAUUAUGUAAGGUCUCUUAGUCGUUGUAAGAGAUGGGGAGCCCAAGGUGGCAAAAGCAACGUUUUCUUUGCAAAAACUUUAGAUGAGCGAUUUAUUAUCAAACAGGUGACAAAAAUAGAGUUGGAAUCGUUCAUUCAGUUUGCACCAGCUUAUUUUUUAUAUUUGUCUGAAUCAAUCCGCACAGGAUGCCCAACUUGCUUGGCGAAGGUCGUGGGAAUGUAUCAGGUGUUCACGAAACAUCUAAAGGGAGGAAAAGAAUUCAAGAUUGACGUUUUAGUCAUGGAGAAUCUUCUGUUUGGGCAUAAUGUGACACGACUUUAUGAUCUAAAAGGAUCUUCUCGAUCGCGCUAUAAUUCAGACACGAGUGGAAAAAAUAAAGUUCUUUUGGAUCAGAACCUGAUUGAAUCUAUGCCAACCUCUCCAAUAUUUUUGGGCGGCAAGGCAAAGCGGUUGUUAGAAAGAGCUGUUUGGAAUGAUACAUCGUUUUUAGCUUCAAUUGAUGUCAUGGACUACUCACUCUUGGUUGGCUUGGAUGAGGAAAAGCAAGAGCUGGUUGUGGGGAUUAUUGAUUUUAUGAGGCAAUAUACUUGGGAUAAACAUCUUGAAACUUGGGUGAAGAACUCAGGCAUUCUAGGUGGGCCCAAGAACGCGGCUCCUACUGUGAUCUCACCUCAUCAAUACAAGAAACGUUUCAGAAAAGCUAUGACUACAUAUUUUCUCAUGGUUCCAGAUCAAUGGCCCUCAUCCACGGUCAGCCCUAGUGAGUCCCAUCCUGAUCUUUGUGACGAGAACUCAGAACCUGAAAAUUCGUGGGAUUGCAAACACUGUAGUGAACACAGUGAUUGAUGAGAAGAGAAAGCAGAGAGUAUCAUUUUGUGUAGCAUUACUUGCUUGGGGACAACAUGAUGCAGUGAACAGAACCCAGUUGAGCCUAUACAAUGGAAGAACCCAUGUUGAAAAGGGAUUGCCAAUCAAUCUUUGACAUCGACAGCAACUUCACAUGGAAAUUUGAGCCCGUGCUUCGGCCUCGACUAAACAAGGAGGAGAACUUAGCGCUUCUCCCUUAUCGAUCGAGUAUCCUCUUCCUUUCGGUAAAAGCCGAGCCUGCUGCUGCACUAGAAGGCAAAAAAGGCUUUGUUCAGGGGAGGGAGGAUAGCUCUUAUUAUUAACAUGGCAAACUUUAUUGUAGAAGCAUGAGCCAUGGCUUAACUUGAAGUCCUGCAAAGAUUGCUGAGCCCCGUGCAGUCGCUUGCAAGGACCACGGCCACGCUAAACUACGACCCACACUACGUAUCAGAAGGAUUUCUCUUGUGAAUUAAUGUAAGAAACAAGCACAGUAAGUUAUUCUUGGUACUUUUUUCUUGUUCACCCAUCUUCCAACUUUUGGAGACCAGUUGAGAGCUUUGCUAGAAAGAGUUCUCUCCCUCUCAAA